AUGGAUAGUAUGGUAAUAGAGUUGACGGGUUCGGCCACCGGUGGUGGUGAGGGUCAUUUCGGGUCGUCGGCGGUCAAUAUGAGCGACUGGUCAUCGAUGACCACUUUGGCGGACACGUACUGGAACUCGUCUACAAUGGUGUCGACAACACCUGAUAUGCAGGAGGAGAAUGUCUAUAUUCUUCCCCUUUGGCAGCAGUUUUUGUGGAGUUUUAUAUUUGGAUUAAUGGUAGUCGUGGCCGCCGGAGGCAAUAUUAUUGUCAUUUGGAUUGUAUUGGCACAUAAGAGAAUGAGGACAGUAACCAAUUAUUUUCUGGUGAACCUGAGUCUGGCGGACACAAUGGUCUCCACACUGAACGUCAUAUUCAACUUCAUAUACAUGUUGAACAGCGACUGGCCUUUCGGCCAAUUCUACUGCAAAGUAUCCAACUUUAUAGCCAUCGUAUCGGUCGGCGCCUCUGUCUUCACACUUAUGGCCAUUUCUAUUGAC